ACACUCCUUUCCUGCACAUACUGCCCACUGUCAUACCCACCACACUCCUCUCCUGCACAUACUGCCCACAGUCAUACCCUCCACACUCCUCUCCUGCACAUACUGCCCACUGUCAUACCCACCACACUCCUCUCCUGCACAUACUGCCCACUGUCAUACCCUCCACACUCCUCUCCUGCACAUACUGCCCACUGUCAUACCCUCCACACUCCUCUCAUGCACAUACUGCCCACAGUCAUACCCUCCACACUCCUCUCCUGCACAUACUGCCCCACUGUCAUACCUCCACACUCCUCUCCUGCACAUACUGCCCACUGUCAUACCCUCCACACUCCUCUCCUGCACAUACUGCCCACUGUCAUACCCUCCACACUCCUCUCAUGCACAUACUGCCCACAGUCAUACCCUCCACACUCCUCUCCUGCACAUACUGCCCAUAGUCAUACCCUCCACACAUCUGUCCUGUACAUACCUUCUGCUGUCAUACCCUCCACACUCCUCUCCUACACAUACUUUCCAAUGUCAUACCCCCUCACUCUCCUCUCCUGCACAUAC